CCGCGGCUCUCAGUCGGGCGGCGGCGGCGGGCGGAGGAGGAGGCGGAGGCGGCGGCUCCGCCGGGCUGAGGAGCGGACGCGGGAGGCGGCUCGGCAUCGCGACACCAUGAGGCGAGUGGUACGACAGAGCAAAUUCCGGCACGUGUUCGGCCAGGCCGUGAAGAACGACCAGUGCUACGACGACAUCCGCGUGUCCCGGGUCACCUGGGACAGCUCCUUCUGUGCAGUCAACCCCCGCUUCGUGGCCAUCAUCGUCGAUGCCAGCGGCGGGGGAGCCUUCCUGGUGCUGCCUCUGCACAAGACAGGCAGGAUUGACAAGUCCUACCCCACAGUGUGUGGCCACACGGGACCAGUGCUGGACAUCGACUGGUGUCCCCACAACGACCAGGUGAUCGCCAGCGGCUCCGAGGAUUGUACUGUCAUGGUGUGGCAGAUUCCUGAGAACGGGCUCACCCUGUCCCUGACAGAGCCAGUGGUGGUGUUGGAAGGCCAUUCCAAGAGAGUCGGAAUUGUGGCCUGGCAUCCGACGGCCCGGAAUGUGCUGCUCAGCGCAGGCUGUGACAAUGCCAUCAUCAUCUGGAAUGUGGGGACAGGAGAAGCCCUCAUCAACUUGGAUGACAUGCACGUGGAUAUGAUUUACAAUGUGAGCUGGAACCGCAAUGGCAGCCUCAUCUGUACAGCUUCCAAAGACAAGAAAGUCCGAGUUAUUGACCCCAGGAAACAAGAAAUUGUUGCUGAGAAAGAGAAAACCCACGAGGGAGCCCGGCCCAUGAGAGCCAUUUUCCUGGCUGAUGGAAACAUCUUCACCACCGGCUUCAGCCGCAUGAGCGAGCGGCAGCUGGCCCUGUGGAACCCGAAAAACAUGGAGGAGCCAAUUGCCCUUCACGAGAUGGACACCAGUAAUGGGGUCCUGCUGCCAUUCUAUGACCCGGACACCAACAUCAUUUACCUGUGUGGGAAGGGCGACAGCAGCAUCCGCUACUUCGAGAUCACGGAUGAGUCCCCGUACGUUCACUACCUCAACACCUUCAGCAGCAAAGAGCCGCAGAGGGGGAUGGGGUUCAUGCCAAAGAGGGGCCUCGACGUCAACAAGUGUGAGAUUGCCAGGUUCUUCAAGCUCCACGAGAGGAAGUGUGAGCCCAUCAUCAUGACGGUUCCCCGCAAGUCGGACCUCUUCCAGGACGACCUGUACCCGGACACGGCCGGCCCAGAAGCAGCUCUGGAGGCAGAGGAGUGGUUUGAGGGGAAGAACGCCGACCCCCUGCUCAUCUCUUUGAAGCACGGGUACAUUCCAGGCAAGAACAGGGACCUCAAGGUGGUCAAGAAGAACAUACUGGACAACAAACCUGCGGCCAACAAGAAGAGUGAUCUCAUCAACGCUCCAAAGAAAGCAGCGGAUGCCUCAAACCCCCAAAACGAAGCCAAAUUGGAGGAGAUUUUGAAAGAGCUGAAAUCCAUCAAGGACAUGAUCUCCUCCCAGGACGAGCGCAUCUCCAAGCUGGAGCAGCAGAUGGCAAAGAUCGGGGACUGAGGGGCCCCGGCCCAGGCACAUCCCAGCUCCCAGUGCAGCCAGCAGCAGCCUGCAGCAUUCCAGCCCGAGCUUUCCUGUUCUCCUAAACCCACGUCAACGAGAGCCGAUGAUUCCAAGCCAAGCUUUUUAGUGAAAGAUUUUUUCAUUUCCUGAUGUUCUGAUGAAUUUCUGUGACUGUGUCAAACCAAGUCAAAAACAACAAGUGCUACUUUUACAGGUUUUUUUUUUUUUUCCCAGAUGUUAUGAUGAAUCCUUGAAAAACAAAUCCAUUCUGACUUUCGAUGUCGUGCCCAAAUACCUUUUUCUAGAUUUAGGGACCAAUGCCACAUUGUUCUUAACCAUUUUUUUUUUAAAGUUGCCAAAAAAUAGAAAAAAAUCGCUUUUUAUUUUUCUUAUUUGCCACUUUGCAGUAUUUGUGUUUCCAUUCCAAGGGACAGGGGGUGUGUGGUGGGUGUUUACACUGUGCAGAGAACAAAGCUGAAGCUAUUUUAUAUGAAUCCUCAAUUUGGAACAAUCAGGUGGGUUCCCUUCCGUGCUGAGACCCCUUGGAGAUGGGAUGAGCUGCCUUUCCUACUCCCAGCCCUGUUGUCUGACAGAAAAAUAUAAAUAUAUAGUUCUGAAAGAAGGGAUUCAUCCCACAAAUUCCUUUUUCUUUUUGUCCUACAGAACUUCUAAACCAGCACCAUAUUCCCAUUUUAAAAUAAUCCCAAGGUUUGAUUGGGAUCACUAAAUUCAUGUGUUUUACUUGCUGAUUUAUUUCAAUUUGGAGGCAGAAGUUACUUCCGUGCAGGAAUGUUUUUUUUUGAGGAAGGAGUUUCAGGUGAGCUGUGGGAUUCCAGCAGGUGGUGGAAUUCUGUGGUGCCCAUCUCGGUUCUGUGGUUGCUGUAAAUCCUUGUUCCUGCCCCCCACACUCCUCAGCUCAUGGAUUUUAAGGAGCUUUUGGAAUCCCAGUCAGCCUCUCACACCGGUGCUGAUGUUUGGAAUUUUCUCUGCUUCCAAGGCAGUGUUAGCAGCAGGAAGGUGACUUUUCCGUGAUGAUUCUCCCCAGACAAAAUGCCGCUGUUGUUAUUUUUUUAUAAUUUGCUUUCUCCUCUCCAUCAUUCCUGCCUCCCACCCUACAUUGCUGGAAAGCUUUGCAGGAAAGGAUUUGUUCCCGAACCAGAUGAGUGACUUCCAACCCUAGCCUCCCUGCACCCCUUCUGAGUGGAAGGGACUGGGGAGGGUGGUUUUAUCCCAGUUUGGAGAACUGGUUUCUCACACGUUCCUUUGGGGAUAGGCCCUGUGAGUGCUCCAGGCUGGCAAGCUCCUCCUGGAAUCCCAGGGAUGCCUCGACUCAGCAAAGCUCUGCUCAGGUGGGGUCUCCCCUGCGAGGGGGCUGUCAGGGAUGGGGCAGGCUGGCUCCCUGCUCCCAGGCCGUGUCCUUGUGCUGGGAAUGGGAUCCAGGACCCCCCAGCAAGCUGUGCCAGGCUGGAUUGGUGUCGCCCAUCCCGGCGCAGCCAGGGAGUGGUGACAGCCCAUCUGAAAUCUAAAGGUGGGCAAAGACCACCAGGUGUCCAGGAGCUCUGGAUCCCUCUCCCAGCUGGACUCUGUGCCUGUGGCAGCUCCGUGUGUGUGUGACGUGUGCGUGGGAGCCUCUGCCCCGCAUCCCCUGCCCGGAGCAUCCCGGCGGGACACGUGUCCCUUCGGCCAGGCUGAAGUGAUUUUUUUUUUUUCCAUUAGUUUAGCUAGGAAUUCUCCGAUUUUUCCAUUUUUCCCAGUGUUUGCAUGUCCAGAACUUCCAAGUUAAGGAUUCCCUAUUGUGGAGGGAUGUGUGUGUGUGGAGGUGGGACCGCGCCGUGGGAACGGCCGGGUCACGUAGCUGGAGAGGCACAAGGAUGGGACGGAGGAGAUGGAGGAUGUGGGAGGAUGGCAGAGCAUGAAAGCUUCAGAAAUGUGGGAUUUCUGUGUUUUAGGGACAAGUGGCAUCCCCUGCCCUGUGCCCGUGGAUCCACAAUCCGGCCGCUCCGGGUUCUUUGGCUGUUUGGUGACGUUUCUGUAUUGCAGUAAAUGCCUGAGAUGUGUAUUUUUAUGAAUUUUUCUUUUGGAAACCAAACCCGAAGGUCAUUACCCCCAAAGUGGUGAUUUCUGUGUUGAUUUGUACGUGUGACUUCGGGGUUGUGUGCUUGGGGACCUCGGGUUUGUUCCUAAAGUCGGAAGGAAAUCAGUUUUGGGAGCCGCUGGAUUGAGAUGCCCAGAGGUGGGGGUGUGGGAGACGGUCCCAGAGGCCGCCCUGGAUUUUAGUUCUUAGUCUGUAUUUUAUUUAAAUGAACUGAUGCCUCGCCAGGCUCAACCGGAGUCAGUGCCUGAAGCUUUUUGUAGCCGUGAUAUCCCGGGAGAGAACCAGCCCAGUCCGGAGAGACGCGCUCUUAUAGAGCGCCGGAGUAUCUGUCCAAAUAUUGCUUCCAUUUUCAAAAGAUAAAAGUCAUUGAUUA